AUGCGACAUUCUCAUCCCAGCGCUGCUUGUGAAAAAGCCAUUCACAAACCAAUGCACACUGACGGGUGUUACACAACAAACUCCAAGCUGCUUAGACAAGCCCUGUUGGCUCGUGGUGAAUACUGGUUUGGUCAUCCUGAUAUGUAUGUAAACCCUGGUGGUGGACGGCUUGUAUGGCUUGGAGCCUCGGAGAAAGAUAAUCGGUUCACUCUGGCUUGGAAUACACGAUGCAACGCUCAGGAGAGAAAACUGGCAUUCGUACUGCUCGUGCAAUACAACCUUGUCUUGACGAUCCGCACGAAGCUGCAGAUAUUG